AUGGCGCGUGAGCAGAGGGGAGCUUUCCGCGCCUUGGUGUUCCUGAUGAUCUGCAGUUACGCGCCACGUCCCGUCGGCGCGUCUCUGUACAACAACCGUUACGCAGGCGAUCAAGUUUUCAGGAUCACUCCAAGUAAUGUUGAGGAGGUACGGUCCCUCAAGAAUAUCCUGGGACUCAUGAAGGUGGACUUCUGGCAGCCCAGCAGCGCUAAUCUAAUCCAUCAAAACGCCACAGUGGAUGUUCAUGUGAAACGAGAUGCCACACGAGUCUUGCACGAACAGUUAAAGCAGGAAAGAAUCAAUUAUGGGGUGCUUAUCACCAAUCUGCAGGAAGAAAUUCAAAAGCAGACGGGGUACCGCUCCUUUCGCAGGCGGAGGUCACAGUCUCAGUAUGACUAUGAAGUUUACCACUCUCUGGAAGAGAUACAAACCUGGAUGUUUGAGAUGAACAGAACCAGCCCUGAGCUGGUCAGUGUGUUCUCUGUUGGGAAGUCGUAUGAAGGGAGACCCAUUUAUGUGCUUCAGCUAGGAAAGCGAAGUCGUCCGCAGAAGAAAGCCAUGUGGAUGGACUGUGGUGUUCACGCCAGGGAGUGGAUAGGACCUGCCUUCUGCCAGUGGUUUGUUAAAGAGCUCAUCAACUCAUACAAGCAUGACUCAGUGACGACUCGACUGCUCAACCAGCUCAGCUUCUACAUCAUGCCCGUCUUCAACGUGGAUGGGUACCAUUUCAGCUGGAACUAUGAUCGAUUCUGGAGGAAGACACGGUCCAAAAAUCACAAGUUCCACUGCCGAGGGGUGGAUGCUAACAGGAACUGGAAGGUGAAAUGGUGUGAUGAAGGUGCCUCCUCUCAUCCGUGUGACGACACCUACUGCGGCCCGUUCCCGGAGUCCGAACCUGAAGUCAAAGCCGUCGCCAAGUUUCUGCGCAAGCACAAGAAGCAGAUUAAAGCAUACAUUUCCAUCCACGCUUACGCUCAAAUGCUCCUUUACCCGUACUCCUACAAGUAUGCCACCAUCCCCAACUUCAGCUGUGUGGAGUCAGCAGCUCAGAAGGCCGUGUCAGCCUUGUAUUCUGCGUAUGGAGUGAGGUACAGAUAUGGACCAGCCUCCACCACUCUCUAUCUAAGUUCUGGCAGCUCUAUCGACUGGGCCUACAGGAAUGGGAUCCCCUAUGCCUUUGCGUUCGAGUUAAGGGACACAGGACACUUCGGUUUCCUCCUGCCUGAGUCGCUGAUCGGCCCCACCUGCAUUGAGACAACGAGAGCUGUGAAAGCCAUUGCAUCGGGCCUACUGAAGAAGUGCCACACAGACAGCAGCAGAUUUCCAUACAUAUGA